AUGGCCAUCAAGAAGAACAAGAAGGACCAGAACUCCCUCUCCUCGCGCCUCGCGCUUGUGAUCAAGAGUGGAAAGGUCACUCUGGGAUACAAGUCUACUCUCAAGACCCUCCGUUCCGGCAAGGCCAAGCUUGUCAUCAUUGCUGGCAACACUCCUCCUCUCCGCAAGUCUGAGCUCGAGUACAUCAGCAUGUUGAGCAAGACUCCUGUGCACCAUUUCGCCGGCAACAACAUCGAGCUCGGUACCGCCUGCGGUAAGCUCUUCCGCUGCUCCACCAUGGCCAUCCUGGACGCUGGUGACUCCGACAUCCUGGCCGACCAGCAGCAGCAGUAA